AUGAGCAGCUACUUUGUUCCUCCUCUCAACUAUGGCAUGGUGGAGUACGAUCUCACAAGAUCAGGUGUUGUUCAUCAGCUCAAUUUUCCUUUUCUAGAGCGCCUCAACUUGCGCACUGUGCUCUAUCUCUCACAGGACGAACCAUCGCAGCAAUUCUUGAGCUUUCUCGACGAACAAGGCAUACAUUUUCGAAGGACUCAUCAAAGCAGCAGCACGACAGCGGCUGAAACGACGGGAUCGCUGUCCGAAGCUCAGGUGAUACUGCGUCCGGAGAAUUAUCCUUUGCAUGUUAUGUGCAAGCAGGGACGCAACACCACCGGUAUGACUACGCGAUCUCUUUCAAAACCCGAGUAA